GGUUAUUAGUAGAUGACAGGACAAGACAGUAUUAUAAAGGAAUGGUUGUGUCUGUGGAGGUUGGGGAACUGGGUUUCGGGACUCUCACUGCAAUUUAACAACUACUCUGUGCCCUAGAUUAGAAACCAAAAAGAGCGAGAGAGAGAGAGAGAUAAUUAUGUUGGAGAGCAGGGGGGUUGGAAUCGGAGGGAUGAUUAUGGAAGAAAUGCAUCAAAAUCAAUCAGGAAUUGGAAUUGGAUUAGGAAUGCAAGGAGGAGCCCAAGUUGUGUUGACUUCCGAUCCCAAGCCUCGCCUCCGUUGGACUGCCGAUCUUCACCAACGCUUCGUUGACGCUGUCUCUCAGCUCGGCGGUCCCAAUAAAGCCACCCCAAAGGCCAUCUUGCGUACAAUGAAUGUCAAGGGAUUGACCCUCUUUCAUUUAAAGAGCCACCUUCAGAAAUAUAGACUGGGUAAGCAAUCGGGGAAGGAUAUGAGCGACACAUUCAAAGAUGGAUUAUCUGGCUCGUAUCUCUUAGAAAACCCUUGUACUGGCAACUCUUCUCUGAAUAUGACAGCUUCUGAUGUGAAUGAAGGUUAUGAAGUCAAAGAGGCAUUACGCGCACAAAUGGAAGUGCAAAGCAAAUUGCAUCUACAAGUGGAGGCUGAGAAGCACUUGCAUAUUCGCCUGGAUGCAGAACGAAGAUAUCUGGCCAUGCUCGAGAGAGCUUGUAAGAUGCUUGCUGAUCAAUUUAUUGGUGCUGCAGUUAUUGAUACAGAUAGCCAGAAGGGGUUGGGAACCAAGACAACUAGAAUUGCCUCUCUUGAUCCACUUGGCUUUUACUCCUUACAAACCUCUGAGGUGGCUGAAGUGCAUGGUCCAGAGGAUGUACUGCCUGGUCUUCAUCACCAAGGGGCUGAUUGUUCUACCGAAAGCUGCCUGACUUCUAACGAGAGUCCUGGAGGUUUGAAUUUGGAAGGAUCUCCAGCUGGAGGGAAGAAAGGGAUGCUGAGCUUGGAGUCAGCAACAUCUUUGAUCUGGGGUGAAACAAGAAUGGGAAAUGCAGAAGUUAAUGCGACCCAAGUCAAUUCCUAUGGCGCCUCUCUGUAUGGAAUAUGGAAUUGAAAAACCCGGGAUCAUCAUCUUAUGUGAUUAAGUAAGAUUCUCCUGUUCGACCAAGCGAAUGAAUGCAGAUCCGGUCAUGUGGACAAGUCGUCAGGCAGAAAUAUGUGGUGGAGAUGGAUUGUUUCGUAAGUGUAAAUUCAAAUUGUGAAUCAUUAACAGGAUUAUGCGAUUUCUUGCCAAUCACUCUCACACUUUUGCUGAUUAAA